AUUUUCUCCAGUUUCGCAACCAGUAUGACAACGACAUUACCACAUGGAGUCCACAAGGACGCAUCCACCAGAUUGAGUAUGCGAUGGAAGCCGUUAACCAAGGAUCGUGUGCUGUAGGUAUCAAAUCAAAGACCCACGCCGCACUCUUUGGCCUCAAGCGACCAGCCAGCGAGUUAUCUGCACAUCAGAAGAAGCUUCUAAAAAUAGACGACCAUAUCGGGACGGCCAUUGCGGGAUUGACGUCAGACGCGCGGGUGCUCACCAAGUUUAUGCGAAGUGAAUGUCUUAACAACAAGUACGUGUUUGACUGCCCUCUACCGACCAUUCGACUGGUCACUACGUUGGGCGACAAGGCACAGAUCACUACACAGCGAUACGGACGCAGACCGUACGGCGUGGGGCAGCUAAUUGUGGGCUAUGAUGACAAUGGACCCCAUCUGUACCACUUGUGCCCGUCCGCCAAUUUCUUCGACUGCAAAGCCAUGGCCAUUGGCGCGCGCUCGCAAUCGGCACGUACCUACCUGGAACGUCAACUGGAAGACUUCCCUGAUGCUGAGAGGACUGCCUUGAUCCGUCACGGACUUCGAGCACUUAGAGACUCUUUGCCCAACGGCACAGAAUUGACCACUGCCAAUGCGUCUGUUGGAAUUGUGGGCAAAGACGAAUCAUUCACCAUCCUUGAGGGAGAAGAGCUCACGUCAUAUCUCGAUAAUCUUGAUGAAGGUGGCCCGCCCCGAAGAUCGGGACGACCCAAGAAGGACGCGACUACAAAGGCCGCAACAGAAACUGCCACAGCCGACUCUGCUGUGCCUGAAACCACUACCACGGAUACCACCGCGACGGAAACUCCCGCUGCUGAUGGGGAUGCAAUGACGGAUGAAUAGAGAGUAUCCUUGAUCAUCUAUCAUGAUUGUGGUAUCGACUUCAAUUUCAAUCAAAUAAACAUCAUAAGC